CUGAUGUACUUAAUUUUAAAAUUUUACGGCAUUGCAGAUUAACAACUGGCACCAACAUUGUCUUGUUCUAUCGGUCAUCGGGUCCUCAGAUCUUCGUAAUUUAACAUGCAUUGUGACAUUCUUAACAAAAUUGAUCUUCAAUCUUUAGUAAAAUGGAUCGGGAAAUCGGACGUGGCAGUCCAAAUAGUUGGUAUUAUCACUUAUGCUGUGGCGUUUCUCACUCAAACGGACGAUUUUAUUCAUAUCUUUAACCAAAUUGGAGUCAGUUUUGACUUUUCAAAUUGCAGUUUUUCUCACCUUUCCGUAGAGGAACUUUUACAUUCAAUGGAAAACUGUAAAAAUGAAACUGCGUGUGCACUCUUGUCAGAAAUGAUUGGCUUGACAUCCAGCUUCCUGGGAGUUCUUGUUCAUGUUGCCGAAUUACUUAUUGCCCUCAAACUUAUACGUGCUGCAGAAAUUAGGAAUGAUAGUCAAUGCCACAAAUGGCUAUUAUUAACUGUUACCCUAACCGCAGUGGACGUUGGUAUCAAUGCUGGUCAACUUAUAUUUGACGUACAUGGCUACGAAUUAAUUAUGACGUACACUGGAUCCACCAUCAUGUACAAGUUGGCAUCGUGCGGCGUCGUAAAAUCUUUUGUCACAGAAGUGAGACGAUUAAAAGCUAAUUCUUUAGAUGAGAGUAAUAAUAACAAUUCUGAACCACACCUUUACGAGAGUGACAAUGGUUCGGAUCAGGGAAAACUCUUACUAGCAAAUGAUGAGGUCAUUUAAAUUGUACAGAAGAAAGAGUCGAACGGAACGCAUGUCCCCAUGUCCGUUUAUGAAAUCUCAACUCCCCAAACAGUAUAAUGAAAUGACUCACGUUCACUUUUGCUUCCGAAUUAUAAUUUUAACGAGGUCAUAUUUUUAUGAAAUGAUUAUCUUCACUCUUUGUAACGACGUUUACGGGCUACAUUUUCUUGGUAAAUUGUAAUAAAUCAAUAUGGAAUAUGCAAAUAAUAAUGAGAGUAGUAAUUAAGUAAAUAAGUUGUGCAUAAAUGAAAGUGCAAGUCUUGAGAUUCUCAUAACAGCAUAUUUACAAGUUGAUGUUAAUGACUGAAAAAAUAUAAAUAGGACACACUUCUUUUGUCCACGCCGUUUUUUAGAUUCGUCAAGUACAUAGAAGUGCUAUACUAGCUUAUCAUAAAUACUAUUUUUGGAAACCACACCCACACAGUCAAUAAUAGUAGUAGAAAUGACCAUAUUACGCCUGCCAAAGUUUUCAAUGAUGAUCUUGGCGUCAUCUAUGCUGAUUAGCACAUCAAAUUCAGUGUCAAUUACUCUCAGACCUUCUCCAUCAAAUGAUACAAUCAGGGUCAGCCAAGUUAAUAAUUCUUCAGAAAUUCUCAAUUCCACGGAACCAACAAAUCAUGAGACCAUUACAACUCAAAACUCUACAACGCCGGAUAUAAUCACCAGAACGGAGAAGCCACAUCAAAAUCAAACCAAAUUUACGCCUUUCACCGCAUCGCCCGGAAUCCAACGACUCGCCCAAGUCUUAAAUGACACCAUCCUAAAUAUCGACCAACUCAUCAUCAACGCCAUGAGGAAUGUUUCUCAACAAGGUCAGAAAGACAUUCAGAACGUUGGAAAUAUUCUGCAAACAGUGCAAACAUUUCUCACAGAAAAGGGAUCAAUUAUUUCGCAGGACACUGAGGCAAAUCUUGAAAGAGAAUUGGACGGGAUUCAGCACUUCAUAAGGCAUCAACAACGCAAAUUUCAACAGCAUCACUCGUCACUAAAUUCAUCAAAAUCUGCAUCAAAUUCGUCAGACACAAAUGCAACCAAAGUUGUAGAAUUCGAAAUUCCUAUACUGCACGCUGGACUUGAAUACAAUCAUAAUUUUAAUAAUUUGACGGGAGGAGAAAGUAGGACGACAAACUCAUCACGAGCCGGACGUCAAAAUGGGAUGGUGCAAAAUAUUAUGCAAUUUUCCUCAAAGGUUGGAGAAGGAUUACGAUCGACAAUUGAAGGAGCAGAAAAUAUAGUAACGAACUCUGUUAACCAGAUUCAAAACCAAAUUCAAAACUUUCUAAAUGGAAUUACAAGCUUUUUUAUACCAAAGACAAAAGAUGGAAAUAAUUUUAACACGAAUCCUUCAAGGAGGAUAUUAAAUUUUAGUGCACUGCCACCCCCACCACCUGGAUUACUAUUUAGAAAACAGCAAAUCAUUUCACAGUAAUUAUGUAAAAUUAAGCACUUUCUUUUCACGAGAAUACGAGUCAUACGAACUUACUUUAUUUUCUGACAAAUAAAAAGUAACAUUAUAAAGAAAAGAUUAAA